GCGCAAUACUCCAAACGCAAUUUGAAGAAGUAGGUGUAGAUGGCAUAAUAAACCCAAAAGCGCCGUCCUCUUUCUCAUCGUUUACAGCUAUGUUAACUUUCUCCAGGCUGAGAUCACUUCAGGGUCUCCAGAAUUUGGUUUGUUCAGUUUCUCCCUUAUAUCCAAGUCGCAGCUACUCUUCAUCUCUUUUUGGUAGAAUUGGAUUUGUAGGACUCGGAAACAUGGGAUCAAGAAUGGCCGAUAGCUUGAUUAAAGCUGGAUAUGAGGUUGCGGUACAUGACAUAAAUCAUGAUGUUAUGAAGAUGUUUUCGGACAAAGGCAUUCUCACAGAAGACUCGCCUUUAAAAGUUGCAGAGACAAGUGAUGUAGUUAUUACAAUGUUACCGUCAUCAAACCAUGUUUUGGAUGUCUAUACCGGACAAAAUGGUUUCCUUAGUGGCUUUAAUCCACUCAGACCAUGGCUAUUUAUUGAUUCUUCUACAAUUGAUCCUCAGACAUCAAGAAAAGUCUCUGCAGCUGUGUCUAAUUGUUCUUUGAUAGACAAGAAAGAUGGACGGAAGCCUCCUGCUAUGUUGGAUGCUCCUGUAUCUGGCGGUGUUCUGGCUGCAGAGAAUGGGACUCUUACUUUCAUGGUUGGGGGCCCAGAGGAGGCUUACACAGCUGCCAAACACUUGUUUCUCUCGAUGGGCAAAAACACUAUCUACUGUGGUGGAUCGGGGAAUGGUGCAACUGCAAAGAUCUGCAACAAUUUGGCAAUGGCUAUUGGUAUGCUUGGGGUGUCAGAAGCCUUUGCUCUUGGUCAGUCUUUGGGAAUUGCAGCUAGCACUCUCACAAAAAUAUUCAAUUCUUCAAGUGCUCGCUGUUGGAGUAGGUAUUUGGAAGCAUAUGCAAUGUUCGAGAUGUCUGACCGUCUAUUACCAAAUUGGAUCCCAAGCCCCAAGGCAUUGAAGUGUGUGUUCCUGUGUUAUUCUCGCCUUCAAAAAGGAUAUCGGUGUUAUUCUACAGAACUUGGCAAGUAUUUGGUGUCAACUGAUAUGCUGCUUUCGAGAAUUGGCCUUUACAUCAGUUGGAUAUCAAGAAUGCGUUUCUUCAUGGUGAUCUUCAGGAGGAAGUGUGAACGGAGCAACCACCUGUUUUUGUUGCUCAUAGAGAGUUAGGAAAGUUUGUCAUUUGAAGAAGUCCUUGUGUGGCUUGAAGCAAAGUCGACGGGUUUGGUUUGGCAAGUUUAGUGAGGUGGUUUAGGAUUUUGGGAUGAAACUGAAUAAAUGUGAUCACUCAGUCUUCUAAUGGCAAUCAACAACUGGUACUAUCCUCCUUGUUGCAUAUGUUGAUGACAUUGUCAUCACGGGAAGCGAUUUUGAGUGAUCUCUUCCCUCAAGUCUUUCUUGCAUACUAGGUUUCAUACAAAGGACUUUGGUCAGUUGAAAUACUUCUUGGGAGUGGAAGUAAAUAGAAGCAAGAAGGGAAUUUUUUUCUCAGAGAAAGUAUAUUCUUGACCAACUUGUAGACACCGGAAAGUUGGCAGCCAAACCUUGCAGUACUCCAAUGAUUCCCAAUGUGCGUCUUGUGAAAGAUGAUGGCGAUCUUUUUGAUGAUCCAAAGAUAUAUAGAAGGUUAGUUGGGAAGUUAAACUACCUUACUGUGACUCGCCCGGAUAUUGCUUUUGUAGUAAGUGGUGUUAGCUAGUUCAUGUCUGCACCUACAGUCAAACAUUGGGAAGCUUUAGAAUAGAUUCUAUGUUACUUGAGCGGAGCUCCUGGACUUGGCAUAUUGUGUAGCAAUCAUGGUCAUACUCGUGUUGAGUACUUUGCAGAUGCUGACUAUGCUGGAUCCAAGAGUGAUAGGAGAUUGACUAUAGGUUAUUGUGUCUUCGUUGAAGGGAACCUCUUCUCAUGGAGGAGCAAGAAGCAAAGUGUUGUAUCUAGAUCCGGCACAGAGCUAUGUCACAGUCUACAUGUGAGGUUAUGUGGAUUUAUCACCUUAUGGAAAUUGGUCUAAAGCAUCAUACACAAGCAAAACUCUAGUGUGAUAUCAAGCUGCUCUUCAUAUUGCCUCAAAUCCACUGUAUCAUGAAGGAACUAAACACAUUGAGGUUGACUGUCAUUUUGUUUGUGAGAAGAUUCAGGAAAAUCUUAUUUCCAUUGGCUAUGUGAAGACAGGAGAGCAACUAGCUGAUUUGUUCACAAAAGCGUUACUUGGAACUCGAAUUGAUUAUCUAUGUAACGAGCUGGGCAUGAUCAAUAUCUAUGCUCCAGCUUGAUGGGGAGUGUUACAGCAUCACAACAUAUAUGUAUGAUUGUACAGGAUAGCGUAGCUGAUUUAUAGGGAUUUCACUAUCUGGUUACUAUAAUUAGCUUUAGUCUCUUUAUGUAUUUAUAUCAUGUAUUCUUUGAGAAAUAAUAUACGAAAUUCUCCAUACCUUUGUCUCUUACAAUUGAAAAUACCUAUGUUUCUGAAACAAUACUUCAGUUUCUUGCCUUUCAUGCUCAAGCCCUUCAGCUUAUCCUACUUCAAGGUUCAUAUUGAAGUAAGUUAAUUUCUAAACAUAAGAAAAACUGAAGGAGGACUACUUAGCAUACAAAAUAGAAAAUAGUUAAAUGACACUCCAUGAAAGCAAAAUUAUGCAAGUUAAAUCUUGUCCGUAGCAUUAAAUAAAUCUGUCCCUUCCUAACAUAUACAAAAUCAUAGUUUAGCUUAUUACUAACUUUAUGCUUGUGUGUUUCUUAUGACAGUGACACAUAUAAUCCAGUGCCUGGGAUAAUGGAUGGAGUGCCAUCUUCCAGGAAUUAUAUUGGAGGUUUUGCGUCUAAGUUGAUGG